CCAGAGGCAAUACAUGACUUAGAAGUUGAAAGCUUUCUCAAUGUUCUGUAUGUUCAAAGAAUGCGUACUGCAACCGACCGUAAAGAAGUUCUGAGUAUCUACAAGGCUAUUUUUGAUAAAAACCCUUCUAUAAAUCCCUAUCCUCGGGUUCAGCUAAAUCCUGGGUACUUAGUUGUUGGAACUGCUGCCAUUAAACGAAAUUUGACUCAGUCUAAUAUUGCCGGUGAGAAGUUGAAGAUUCUGCCUGAAAUCCGUCAAAAUCUGGAAGCUGUUGCACAUUGUGUGCAGAAUCAAUGGCUGUGCAUCCUAGUUGGACCAUCGUCAUCUGGAAAGACUUCGGUAAUCAGAAUAUUGGCUCAGUUAACAGGAUUUCCUCUUAAUGAAAUAAAUCUUUCGUCUGCGACUGACAGCUCUGAUCUACUCGGAUGCUUUGAGCAGUACAAUGCCUUCCGUAAUUUCAGAUUGGUGGUUACUAGAGUUGAACAUCUUGUCGAUGAGUAUAACAGUUUGUUAUCACAGUCUUCUCAGGAUGCCCUUUUGAACAAUAGGAGUACCUUAGUUUCGACUUGGCUUUCCUAUUUAAACAAGAUUGAUUCCUCUCUCGUGGAGAACCCUUCAUUCUUCUUGAACGAUUCUAAAACACUCUCUGAAUUAGAAGACAUUGUAAAAAAUCUGCAACAGGUCUUGGAGGAAGGU